AUGAAGCCUCUGCAUGCUGCAUCAAGCAGGUUAUCCAAUCUGAGCUCUGAGAACAGAAAGCUGAUUCAACAGCUGAAUGAACUGAAGGCUACCCUGGCGAAAGCCAAGGACUUCCGUGAACUGCUCUGCUUACCAUCUGGUUAUAAUGCAGAGAGACCCAUCAUAUCAUCAGCUGCUGUUCCUGAGACCACAUCACUACCGCCUUUGAAAGUGAUUGGUCGUGACAAGGAUCGGGAUCAUAUAAUAGAUCUUCUUACCAAGACAACUGCCACUACCGAGUCUAGUACAGCUAUGUACUCAGGUUUGGCCAUUGUUGGAGCUGGAGGCAUGGGAAAGUCUACAUUAGCACAACUUGUUUACAAUGACAAGAGGGUAAAAGAAUAUUUUGAUGUGACAAUGUGGGUAAGCAUCUCACUCAAACUUGAUGUCCGCCGUCAUACACGAGAGAUCAUCGAGGCUGCCUCUCAGGGGGAAUGCCCACGCAUUGAUAACCUUGAUACUCUGCAGCGCAAGUUGAUAGACAUACUGCAAGAAUCAAAGAAAUUCCUGCUUGUGUUGGAUGAUAUUUGGUUUGAAGCUAGCAGUGAGAGAGAAUGGGAUCAACUGUUAGCUCCUCUAGUUUCCCAACAGACAGGAAGCAAAGUUUUGGUAACUUCUCGACGGGAUACAUUUCCAGCCACUCUCUGUUGUGAAGUUUGUCCUCUGGAAAACAUGGACGAUGCUCACUUCUUGGCACUCUUCAAACACCAUGCAUUCUCUGGACCACAAAUCAGAAAUCCACUACCGUGUGAAAGGCUCGAAGAUUUUGCAGAGAAGAUUGCAAAGAGGCUUGGACAAUCUCCUUUGGCGGCAAAAGUUGUGGGUUCCCAGUUGAAAGGAAAAACAGACAUCACUGUAUGGAAGCAUGCUUUAACUAUAAACAUUGAAAAGUUAAGUGAGCCCAUGAGAGCUCUAUUGUGGAGUUAUGAGAACUUAGAUCCACGUCUGCAGAGGUGCUUCCUCUAUUGCAGCUUGUUUCCAAAAGGCCAUAUAUAUGACACUGAGGAGUUGGUUUAUCUUUGGAUGGCAGAGGGCCUUGUUGAUUCAUGCAACCGAAACAAGAGUGUGGAAGAUAUUGGAAAGGAUUGCUUCAAGGAGAUGAUCUCUGUAUCAUUCUUUCAACCCGAUUACAAUGAAUUCCCUGAUAUCUUUCCCACGUACUAUGUUAUGCAUGAUCUCCUUCAUGAUCUGGCAGAAUCACUCUCUAAAAAUGACUACUUCAGAUUGGAAGAUGAUAAGGUUACAGAAAUACCAUCUACUGUUCGACACAUAUCUUUUUGUGUUGAAAGUAUGAAGCAACACAAGCAAAGUAUCUGCAAGCUACAUCAUUUACGCACUAUUAUCUGCAUAUACCCCCUGAUGGAUGAUGUCAGUGAUCUUUUUAAUCAGAUACUACGGAAUUUAAAGAAGUUGCGUGUACUAUGUUUGAAAUCUUACAACAGUAAUAAGUUGCCAGAAUCUGUUGGUGAGUUGAAGCACCUUCGGUAUUUGAACAUCAUAAGUACACUGAUUUCUGAAUUGCCAAAAUCACUGUGUACUCUUUACCACUUGCAGUUACUGCUGUUUAGUGCCAAAGUCGAGAGUUUCCCCAAGAAACUCUGCAAUUUAAGGAAGUUAACGCAUCUUAAACGGGUUGGUGAAAGAAUAGGCGGCUUGAACAGUGCGAGACUGCCUCAAAUUCCUAACAUUGGCAAGCUAACUUUGCUUCAACAAUUUGAGGAAUUUUCUGUGCAAAAGAAAAAGGGAUAUGAGUUGCAACAGCUGAUGGACAUGAAUGAGAUUCGUGACAGUUUACAUGUCACCAAUCUUGAGAAUGUCACUGGGAAGGAUGAAGCCUUAGAAUCAAAGCUGCAUCAGAAAAGGCAUCUUCGCAUCUUGCGACUUGCCUGGAGUUGCAAGAAUAAAACAAAUGGAGAAGAUAGUUCACAUUUGGAGAUUCUAGAAGGUUUGAUGCCACCACCUCAACUUGGAGAUCUUAAAAUUGAAGGUUACAAAUCUUCAAAAUAUCCAGGCUGGUUACUUGAUAAUUCAUAUUUUGAGAACUUGGAAUCUUUAAGCUUCGAGCAUUGCAGUGCAUUACAAAGUCUACCAUCUAAUAUUGAGAUGUUUGGGAAUUGCACUUCACUUGUCCUCGGCGAUGUGCCAAACCUGAAGACAUUACCUUGUCUUCCACCAGGUCUUCAAAUGUUACGAGUAGACAAAUGCCCACUGCUUGUAUUUAUUUCCAAUGAUGAGAUGGAACAGGAUGAUCUGAGAGAGAAUUUCAUGAAGAUGGACCACUUGGCAUCACAACUUUGUUUAAUCUGGGCGGUUGAUUCAGGAUCAGAUAUUAGGAGAGUAAUCUCAUGGGAGCAUUCAUUUCUGGAGCAGCAGAUGACAUUGAUGCAUGCUGAUGUGUCACAAGUUCAAAACCUUGGAUCUGCUCUAAAAAGGGAGAAAUAUAAAGUAUUGGUAAAAGAGGAUAUAAUCAAGGCAUGGAUAUGCUGUCACCAGCAAAGGAUGAGACUCAUCUAUGGAAGGAGAAGUGGGAUGCCGUUGGUUCCACCAUCAGGACUUUGUCAACUUAUUCUUUCCUCAUGCAGUGUUACAGAUGGAGCUUUAGCUGCUUGCCUUGAUGGCUUGGUUUCACUGACAAUGUUGGACUUAAAAGAUCUUAUGACUUUAACUACACUUCCUUCCGAAGAGGUGCUCCAACAUUUGACAGAACUUAAGGAGUUAUCCAUCAGAUAUUGCUGGUGUCUCAGGUCAUUAGGGGGCUUACAAGCUGCUACCUCUCUUUCAAUUGUUACAUUGAUUUCCUGCCCUUCUUUAGAGUUGGCAUGUGGAGCAGAAUGCUUGCCAUUAUCCCUUGAGAGGCUCUGUAUAUACGGUUGUGUGCUUACAGCUGACUUCCUCGGUACUGACUGGCCACACAUGUAUGAUUUUGACAUAAGCUGUUGCAGAAGCACUGCAUGCUUGUCUGUUGAUAGUCUCACCUCUGUUAAAUCAUUCUCAUUGCAGAAAUUGCCAGAUUUAUGUACGGUCGAAGGAUUGUCUUGUCUGCAACUUCGCAACGUAUAUUUGAUUGAUGUUCCGAAACUCACCCCUGAGUGUAUCUUACAGCUUCGAAUCCAAGGAUUCCUCACUGUUAGCAGUCCUGUAAUAAUGAACAAUAUGCUCUCGGCUGAAGAUUUCACAGUUCCAGAAUCUCUCACUCUUCUAGGAUGCAAAGAGCCAUUCGUCUCACUCAAAGAAUCCACAAAUUUCACAUCUGUCAAGGUCCUGGAAUUCUCUGGCUGUCAAAUGAUUUCCUUGCCAACAAAUUUGAAGUGCUUCUCCAGUCUGAAGAAUCUCUACAUAUGUGAAUGCCCCAACAUAUCAUCUUUACCAGAUCUGCCAUCCUCCCUCCAGAAGAUACACAUGGAGGGUUGUUCGGAACUCUUGAAAGAGAGCUGCCGAGCACCUGAUGGAGAAAACUGGGCAAAGAUCGCUCAUAUCCGCUGGAAGUACAUAAAUUAA